CGGCAACACAUCAUCGCAACACAUAAACAACAACGCAAUACGUAUAAUAUAGAUGAUAGCGGUCCAUAAUGUUGCAGCUUAAACCAACCAACCGCACACAUUCAAGCUAAUACACAUUUCUCCAAAUUCGGUUCAGUUUUUGUUUAUCCACAACAACAACAACAUAUGGUGACAGUUGGCGUUUGAAGUGGACGUGAAAAAGAGUCAAAGUACGACCGAAUUGAAGGAGAAAAAAAUGGCAAGUUGGGCGAAUCUUCGGCCGGGCUACUUGAAGAUGGUGGUUCAAACACUGAAGGAGAAUGUGAAAAAGACAUCCACUUUGGAAUUGGAUGAUGACGUGAUGACACAUUAUGGGAUGAAGGUGGAGGAAAGUUGCUUGGAAAAGCCCCGCGGUUUGGAUUCGUACACCAAGGCCAUUACUGCGGCCAGAUUGAAAAUCGAACGAUACACAGCGCAAAAAAAACUGUAUCCAAUGAUUGCUGAAAGCCUGCACGUUGACAACAGUGAAAUUGUCACAAAUGCUGAAAACGAUAAGGUUGCACAAAAGCGAACGAUUCCACUUGAUGACGAUAACAAGACAGAGCCGACAAAACGAUCCAAGUACAAAAUGGACAGCGAUGUGAUUAUUAUCGGCUCAAGCGGUUCGGAAAAUGAACAAGACAACGAUGACGACGACGAUGCGUCAGAAGAUCAUUCCAACAACAAUGCACCGAAAGGAGAAAUUUUGAUUAGCGUGCAAACAACACCAAUCGUUGAAAUCAUCUCCGACAAAGACUCGCAGUAGAAACAUAUUCCAACCGAUUUAAGUCGGGCCGUUGAGUUUCAACCGAAAAACAUAAAUAUGUUCAACAAUCGAAACUAAAAGACUUUUAAAACAUUCAUACCAUAAAAUAUAAUUUCCACUGUACUAUGUAAAUACGUCGAAAUGAAAAAAAAUAAAAUAAAAUAAAAAAUAUCCAAAAAUCAAAUUAUCGAAAAUAAAUACAAAUUUCUCAGAGUUUUACCGCUUUUAUUUUCUCUUGACAAAUGAAGUAAAUUGUCAAAUGUCAAGCGUUUUUCAAAUUCACGCUCGUGCCGCCACAAUACAUUCAAACGUGCAUCUGUCAGAAUCUGUCUGUGAGUAUACUUUUGCGAUAUAUUUGUUUAUGGACAGAACACAAACCAUGGAAGAGCCAUUGAAAUCAAAAAUAAAAAUAAAAAUAAAUUCGUCAAGUUCGGCUAGUUCGUCCAAAAGCAAGAAAGAUGGCAAAGAAAAGGACGAAUUUUCAUCUGAAUUUCUGCGUGUAAAAUUGCGUGAAUUCUUCAAUCAUUCGGAUUUCAAAAGCACCCUACAGAAAGAUGCCAUCAAAGAGAUUAUGAGAGGAAAGCACGAUGUUUUCAUUUCGAUGCCAACUGGAAGUGGCAAAUCGUUGUGCUAUCAACUACCUGGUAUGCUUCACGACAACAAAAUCACCAUCGUCUUUUCACCGCUAAUUGCAUUGAUCAAAGAUCAAAUGGACCAUCUGACCAAGCUGAAAAUAUGCGCUGAAUCACUGAACUCGAAGAUGACAGUCAAAGAACGCGAGCGAGUCAUCAAUGAUCUGAGGAGCAUAAAACCAAGCACGAAAUUCCUUUACAUCACACCGGAACAGGCGGCAACAGAUUUCUUCCGCGGGCUACUUGAUUCUAUUGUAAAAUACAACAAAUUAGCUCUAGUGGCCGUUGAUGAGUGCCAUUGUGUGUCAGAGAUGGGUCAUCAGUUCCGCAAAGACUAUUUGAAAUUGGGUCAGUUGCGAUUGCGUUAUCCUACCAUCAAAUGGAUUGCGUUGACUGCGACUGCAUCAAAAGAUGUCCGUCACGAUGUGUUGAAGCAAUUGUCAUUGAAAGAGACAAAAUCAUUCAAAACGCCAUGCUUCCGGAAAAACCUCUUCUACGACAUAAUCUACAAAAAUUCCAUCCAAGACGACUACAUUCAUUUGAAAGAGUUUGCGCUCAAGUGUUUGAAAAGUACAACGCCCGAUGAAGAAUCGAACAAAGCACCGUGUGGAAUAAUUUAUUGCCGAACAAGAGAGAGUGUGGAGCGUGUUGCGAUUGGAUUGUCAAAGCAAAAUGUGGCCACCAAAGCCUAUCAUGCCGGUUUGAAUGACAAAGAAAGAAAGCAAACUCAGGAAGAUUGGACCAAUGGAAAAUUCCCCGUAAUUUGUGCCACAAACAGUUUUGGAAUGGGAGUGGACAAGUCAUCGGUGCGGUUUGUUGUGCAUUGGGAUGUUCCACAAAACAUUGCCGCGUAUUACCAAGAGUCUGGCCGUGCUGGUCGUGAUGGAAAAUCUUCAUAUUGUCGUUUGUAUUACUGUCGUCAAGAGGUGAAGACAAUCAAUUUUCUGUUGAACCAACAACUUCAAAAGGAUCCGGAAAAUGUAAAAUCCAAGCGUUCGGUGAAAGAAUUUGGUAAACUCAUCGACCAUUGUGAAUCACUGCGAUGCCGUCACCUGCUAUUCUCCCACUACUUUGGUGAUCAGGCACCGGAUUGCAAAAAACGGCAACUGUGUGAUGUGUGCAAGGACCGAAAGAAGGCGGAGACAAAUCUUGAAACAUUUCAUCGAUUAGCUAUGAACAGUUUUAACAGUAAAAUUAUGAAGGAUGCUGAUUUUGAUGGCUCAGAUUUGUAUGAAGGCGGUCGAAAUGCAGUUCGCGAAGCCGAAGCUUCGUACUCGGUUGAUGAUGAUGACGAUAAUUUUGGCAGUUCUUCAAAACGUGAUGCCAAAGCGAAGAAAGAAACCACAAAUCUCAUUCAGAAAGAAUUCGAACGGCGAAAGCAGAAAAUUGAAUUGGCCAAAAAGCUUGAAGAAACACAAACCCGAUCGUUUGGCAUUCGCAUUAGGAGCAGCAUUCACACGAGCAAAAUUCCAGGUUUGGAUGUGAAGAAACGAGAAAGCUAUUUGGACUAUUUGCUGAAAGCACUCAGAGAGAAUGUUGAGAAAGUCACCGAGAAACCACCACAUGAAUUUAAAGCCCGUGAUUUUGAAGAUAUUGCCGCCGAAUUGGAGUACAAUUGCUUUACGAAAAAUCGAGUGCUCGCGAUGUACACAAAAGCAGUCACCGUUGAACGUCUACGCAUUGAUCGAAGCACCAAAAAUAAGGAAUUAUUGCUGGAGAUCAAAAAUCAUACACCGAAAAAGCGAGUUGCGCAUGGCGGUUCCUCCGAAGCGAUGCAGAGAGAUUUGAACGAUUUUAUGAAAGAGCAUAAUAUUCAAGCUGAUUCAAAUAAUAUAACGGACACACCGAACACAAAUAAUACACACACAAACGUGGGUUUUCAGACAGCACGUCAAAUCAACAAUAAACUCAAAGAGCCGAAUCGCAUGAAAAAGGAUCCACUGACCCAAAUGUCGAUCAAUUCAUUCUUUUCCACCGCAUCGAUUAAACGUGAGCCAGAAGAUCAUGUGGAUGACAACGAAAAUGAGGUGGAGAAUACGCAACAGGCUAAGCGUCGCAAGGUGGAAAAUGAAAGAGUCACCGUCAAAGCGGAACCCAUGGAAACGACCGAACAUGAGGUGUCAUUAAAUGUUAAAGGUGAACCGAUUGACUAUGAUUCGGAUGCCGGAACUGAAAAAGGUAGCGAUGAUGAAAUGGACACAGAGAGAGUGAUUCAAUCAAAUAAUGCGAACAGUGGUGCUAGUGUUGGGCCAACAAUCAAUAAAAAAACUGAGCAGAACAAAGGCACAGCACAGCACACGCAAAAUAAAUCAAACAUACAAAGCCCGCCAACGAAUAUGGUAAAUGUCAAAAUGGAGCAAAAUUCUGAUGAAGAAAAUGACGACACAGAUGAAGCUAGUGAUGGUGAAGAUGAUUACUGUGCGAAUCGGGUGAAUAAACGUCCAGCAAAUCGAAGUGAAACCGAUCAACAAAAAAAAUCAAAAUCCACGCAUCAAAAUGUUGAACCGCAAGUAUUAGAACAGAGGCGGAUCAAAACGGAGCCGAUCGUUGAGGAGGAAUUGACGGCAAUGGUUGUUGCCCAGCCAGGGCGUUUCGAAGAAAACGUCAAGAAUGAGCCUGAUGACGAACUAAUCCAAUCCGAUGUAGAAACGGAUGAUGAAACUCAGUUGUACAACACAAACACAUCGAGCACAUCGCAGUAUCGCAAUCAAAAUGGCGAACGGCCAGUACAAGAUACACGUCAAUCAAACGAUGAUCGAUACCAUUUUCAAAGAGAACAACAAUAUCAGCAACCAUCGGCAUUGAACAGUGAUUAUCAACAGCCGUCGACAACGCGAAGCAGUUACGAUUCAUUUGCGUCUGCAUCAACAAGUCGUCAAAAUGAACCAUAUAUCACCAACAAUCAUUAUCCACAACGUGAAGAUUCAUUAUACACAGUUGGAUCAAGAUCCACCCGUCAAGUGUAUACAGCCGAUGGCAAGUCGCUCAUACGAUUUAAUGAGCUCAAUGCCGCCGCAGAAGAGCCAACAACUGUCGAUCAUGAUGAUGUUGACGAUGAUCCAGAUAUCGAUUUGGACGAUUUGGGCGAAGAAAUUGCGAAAUAUCGCGGCGUUUUAGAGAAGCAAUAUGAAGAAGACCUUAAGCAAAUACAAAACACGAAAUUAGAAUCGUUAAAUCCAACUGCUCAGAUGGACUUUAUGAGGCGUUUGAAUGAAUUGGAGAAAACAAAGCAAAAAAUUCUGAAUGAGCAUGUGCAAGAAGCGGCCCAAAAAAACGAAGAAGAACGUGAAAAAGUACGUGAUACGUAUAUGCUCGGUUUAUUUGGAUUCAACUUUGAUUUGUUGAAAUUCGAUCAUCGUAUGGGCAUUGACUCAAAUCAAUCGGCACCGUCAAGCUCAAGACGAAACUCCUCGUCGGAAGUCGAUGAAAAAAAGAAAGAAAAAAUCACGUACAAUGAAUUCAUGGCCAAGUCAAAAGUCAAAUCGGAGCACCAGAAGACCAUGAAACAACACAUUGCCACCUUGGCAUUGAACGAUCACAUUCACCGUAUGCAAAAUGUAAAUAAACUGCAUACCGUACCGCAAAAAGUGAUUGAUAACAUCAAAAAUGACAAAACCAUCAUAAAAAAUAAGGUGGACCGAUAUUUGAUGCCAUAUUUCAAAAACGGAACAAUCAACGAGCAUAACUAUAAGGUCAUUUGCAAGACUAUCACUCAACAUCAUUUCGAAGCGAACGAUCAUGACUCCGAGUCCAUUCGACAACGUGUUGAAAAAUUGGUGAAGGCGGCAUUAGCAGCCAAAGAGAAACACAAACAAGCCAGACAAGCACCGAGCACCUGAAGACACAAAAUAUGCUGCUUAAAACAUUACCUUCCAUUUUCUUUAAGUAUUUUUUUCUCUCUCUAUUUUGUUAUUGUCAAACACCACCGUUUUUUUUAUAUUUUUGAACAUUUAUUAUUAUUGUAGUUGACCAUUAAUGAAGUCGAAAAAAAACUUCAACACAAAAAGAAUAUCGUAACGAAUCAAAUAAAAUAAAUUUCUAUUAUUUUCUACGAAUAUACAUACAAUAAAAAAACUGUUGAUCUGAAUAAAUAAAAAAAAAAUUGAAUAAUUAUCCCAUAAAA